CCUCACCUCACAGAGACCCCUCCCCACCCAGAGCAGAGGCAAGCCACAAGGUGGAGGGUGCCAUGGGUCAGCGGGCUCUGGUGGUCCUGCUGCUGUGGCUGCCUGUCCUCGGCGUGGUGGCAGCGCAGGAGGACGGCCAGGACAAGUUCCACGGCCAGGAGAAGUUUCGUGGCCAUGCCACCGCCGACGACCUGCUGACACGGCUGGGUCGAGCCACCUGGGACACCCUGGAGAGCUGGGUGGGCUCUCAAGCCCUGCACCUGGUGGCUGAGAGCCUCUCCGCCACCGUCUGGGUGGUGUCCUCGGGGAUCUCGGUGGCCCUGACCAUGCUCUGCGGCAUCCUGGGCGACCUCCUGGCCGCCACCGGCUUCAGCGGGGACCGGCUGGUGCGGACGGCGGCGCUGGGUCCCAGCGAGGUGCAGCGAGUGCUGCUGUGGGGUCUGGCGGCCCUGGUGGGCUCCUGGCUGCUCUCGUGGCUGCGGGGGCUGCUCUUGCCCACCCUCCGCUGGGUGAAGAUCUUCUGCUUCCUGGGGGCUUUCCUCAACGUGGCGGCUUCCCAGGAGACCCCCACGGCCAAGGCGGGGAUGCUGCUGGGGCUCUGGGUGCUCUACACCUUGCUGGAGAAGCUGGUGGCGCCCCCCAGUGGCAGCAGCCGCCUGGACGAGGCCGUGCGCAGCCUGGAGUGGAAGGUGGAGGAGCUGCGGAGGAGGCAGAAGUGGGGGGGACCCCGGAACCGUGAGGAGUGACUCAAGCCCCCCCGACAAGAAGGGGCAGCCCAGCCCAGCCUACCCCCAUUUAUCAUGUGUCUCCCCCACCCCCAAGCAUGCAUCCUCCUUGCUGCUCCC